UGCUCUGAGAACGUCAACGCGCAGGCGCGAAUAGAAGAGAAAGAGAAUACAUACAUACAAAUAUAUUAAAUAUCGCCUGUUGCGAAUUGCUUAUGACAAUUAAAAUAUACAGAUGAAAAUUAACGAUAACAACAAUAACGUUUUUUAUAAAUUUGUUUUUAUUCGGUUUCACAAUUAUUAUUAUGUGACGUAAACAAUUCUUAUAACACUUAUUGGUAAUUGGCAUUAAAUAUGACGUGGAAUCCUUUAAAGAAAAACUAUCUAACUCAGAGGCCAACUUUUGCACCACCACUUUUAUCCCAUGUGGAAGAUCAAGAAUUAGAUCUCGUUGUUCAAAGACUCAUCUAUAUCGAAAGCACAAUAAGAAAACUAACUAAGGAGAUGAAGAAAUAUAUAGGAGCUUUGGCAAAUUUGGAUAGAGCAGACCAACGAUUAAGCAUGAAUCUCAUCAGUUGUGGAUUAGCACAGAAUAACGAUGAAUAUAGAAAAAUAGUGGAGGAGUACUUUUCUGUUGCUGCACAAGUGGGAAAAAACGUUCAAGAAAUGACUAGUUUGUGCCAUAAGACUUUCAUAGAACCUCUGAAAAAGUUUAGAAAUGAAUUUGUUACUAUUGCUGCGGCGUUAACAAAACGCGAAGAUCUUGUAACUACAUGGAAAUACUUGCAUAAUCGUGUGAAGAAGUUGCAAGAGAAGAAAGAUAGAACUGCGAGUCAUAUUGCAAAACUGGAAAGAGAACGCAGAGCAGAAGAAGCAGCCUCUAAAGAAUUGAAGACUGUACACACUCAAUUGCUUACAGAGUUACCGGCGUUUCUCGAGAAAAGAUUAGAAUACAUCAAUCCGAGUAUUCACGCUGUGAUUAUGAUACAAUUAAAUUAUUAUGGUCAUACAACGCAAUUAUACACUCAAUUGAUGCCUGUUCGAUAUUCUUCCGAAUUUGCAUUGAGUUCAACAGUAACUGAUGAGGAAUAUCAGCAAGUUGUAAGCACUGAAUUAAAUAGGUUGAGGGCAUUAACUAUAGUAAAGGACCAUUAAAUGAAUGUAACUCUUUUCUCCAGAAAUAUUUCUUAUACCAUACAACUUUAAAUAUAUAUAUUUAUAAGACAAGAUUAUUUUAAAAUAAAAAUAUAUAUUCAUUUGUUAAAGUUCUUUGUUAAGAAUAACAAUACCAAAUAGACAAAUGAUUGUGGUAAGCAUUGUUAAAAGAAUGUUUUUUGUAUUUUGUGGAAUGCUGUGUUAAAUAAUUAUAUAAAUAUAUUCAUUGUGCUUGGCAGUAUGUA